GGACAGGAGGGGAAAGCAAGACAGAUGCUUGUGAGUGCCCCAUGGCUGCACCUGCCUCAGUUCAUUCAUUUAUUGCCUAUUGUAACUUGGAAGCACUCUUUAGGUCAGCUUACCUUCUGGGACCCUUCCCUGCCUUCUGGUUAAAGAAUCCACGCACGCAUACAGGAUGACUCAACAGUGGGAUGGAUGUUCAGAUGCCAGAAAGUUACCGAUAACUUGACAGGAACUUCCGGAUUCUUUGGAGAGACCAACUGUAGGUGAGAACUUUCAGGAAGUUGUGCAGUUCGAAUACACUGAAUCAUUGCAGUACCCCAAACUGUCAUGAUGAAGAGAGCCAGGCAGAAAGUUGUGGCUGAAAAUGAAGCUCCUCAAACAUCGCAGAAAAGCAAAAGACAGAAGACUCGUUUGUAUGGCUCGAUGGACUGGGGGAGCCUUCCACACCAUGUUAUUCUGCAUAUUUUUCAGUUUCUGCCUUUAGUAGAUCGAGCCAGGGCAUCUUCUGUUUGUCGAAGGUGGAAUGAAGUUUUUCACAUCCCAGAUCUCUGGAGGAGAUUUGAAUUUGAACUUAGCCAGCCAGCUACUUCUUACCUAAAGUCCACACAUCCUGAUCUCAUUCAGCAGAUUAUCAAGAGACAUGCUGAUCAUCUGCAGUACGUCAGCUUCAAGGUUGAUAGUAGUACUGAGGCAGCAGAAGCAGCCUGUGACAUCCUUUCUCAGUUGGUGAACUGUUCUAUCAAGACACUGGGGUUGAUUUCUACAGCAAAACCAAGCUUCAUGAAUGUCUCUAAGGCUCACUUUGCUUCAGCUCUGACAGUGGUUUUUGUAAAUUCCAAGUCAUUAUCCUCAGUCAAGAUAGAUGACACACCACUCGAUGACCCUUCCUUGAAGGUUCUUGUGGCUAACAAUAGUGAUACUCUAAAACUGCUGAAAAUGAGCAGCUGUCCUCAUGUGUCACCUGCUGGAAUUCUUUGUGUUGCUGACCAGUGUCAUGGACUUAAGGAGCUGGCUUUGAACUACUACAUACUAAGUGAUGAACUGCUGCUGGCUCUUUCAAGUGAAAAACAUGCUAACCUUGAACACCUUCGCAUAGACGUUGUGAGUGAAAAUCCUGGACAAGUUGAAUUUCAUACUAUUAAAAAGCAAAGCUGGGAUGCUCUUGUUAAACACUCCCCGAAAGUCAACAUAGUGAUGUAUUUCUUCUUAUAUGAAGAGGAAUUUGAUGCUUUUUUCAGAGAGGAAACUCCUGUUACACACCUGUAUUUUGGUCGUGCAGUAAGCAAAGCAAUGUUGGGUCGUAUUGGCCUGAACUGCCCAAGGUUAAUUGAGUUGGUUGUGUGUGCUAAUGGACUUCAACCUUUGGACGAUGAACUUAUUCGGAUUGCAGAGCACUGUAAGAACUUAACAGCAAUGGGACUUGGGGAAUGUGAAGUAACUUGCAGAGGUUUUAUUGAAUUUGUAAAGAUGUGUGGAGGCAGGCUUACCCAGCUUUCAAUAAUGGAGGAGGUUCUGAUUCCAGAUAAUGAUUAUAGCUUGGAACGACUUCAUCUGGAAGUCUCCAAACACCUUGGAAGAAUGUGGUUUCCUGAUAUGAUGCCAUCAUGGUAAAUUCUCUACGCUUGUGCGUAAACUAGUGGCAUCAGGGUCUUGCUUUCUAUGCAAACAAAGAAUUGCAAAAAUGAAAUUUGAAAACUUGUUUCCAGGUCUGAGUUUUUCUACCUUGAUAGCCCCUACUAGUGUAGCAGUAAAGCGUUCUGGAAUGCUAAUGGUAUAUUGAAAUAGGAAAUAGAUUAAGUGUACUUAACGCUGCUGAAAGUAUGUCUGUGUUUAUAGGUGCUUCAAACUUCAGUGAAGUGGAUUUUCUCUACACUUCGGUUUAAAUGUUCCAUUCACAUUAAUGAUUUUUUUUUUGUCUUUGAGUCUUUCUGAUAGAGUCAGAAAAGGACUAGAGAAGCUUUUUUUUUCGUUAGGAAGUCUAACUUUAAGGGAAACUGGAUACAACUUAGAGUUCAGAAAAAAUGUACUAUUUGUCGUGAUGCAGCUAUUUUUCAAAAUCUUAAUGUUAUAGAUGUAGCAGCUCGUAUAUUAAAAUACUUAAGCUGGCCCAGAUUACUGAGA